UCUUCCGUUUUCCGGUCGCGCGCAGCCGCAAAGGCGGGUUGACUCUCGCGCAGGAUGCCAGAGCGAGUCGUCGCCCGGCCGAGGGUUUAAGCUGCGGCGUGGAAGGGCUUGUCUGUCGCCGCUGCCUGGCGGGAGGAAGGAGGCUCCGGCGCUCGUGCAGAAUUCGGGACGCGGCUACUCCCCGCCGCGACACCGGCUGACCCGGGGGCCGUGUCUUGCCGGGCAGAAGGGCAUGAGACGGAAUCGGUCCCUGGGCCAGCUGGGCAGGCGGUGGUGGUGAUUGAAUGAGUCUCUUCCCCUCCCACCGCCACCAUCUCUGUGCCGCUCUGGGCCUCCCUGAAGCCCCGGUUCCUAGCCAGUGUCUCCAUUCGCUGCCGCCCGCGCCGCCUCUGCUGGCUCCGGAUGAGCGCGGCCGGGCCGGAUCGAUCCCAGGCCUCUGGGAUUUGGGGGUCUGCCGGUCUGGCGGGAGCCGCUGCGAUGCCGGCUUCCCCGCGUGGCUCCGGGCUGCCUUGGUAAGGACGGGUAGCCGCUCCCGGGUGUGAGCCAGCAGUGUCGUCUUCCCUGCUGCUGCUGUUGCCGCCGCCGCCCCUCCCGCCUUCGUGGCGCGAUGACGACCCCGGCUCUGCUGCCUCUUUCUGGGCGCCGGAUCCCGCCUCGCAACUUGGGUCCGUCCUCCUCCUUCCCCCAUCACAGGGCUACCUUGAGACUGUCCGAGAAGUUCAUCCUACUGCUGAUCCUCAGUGCCUUCAUCACGCUGUGUUUUGGGGCGUUCUUCUUUUUGCCGGACUCCUCGAAACACAAACGGUUCGACUUGGGCUUGGAAGAUGUCUUGAUUCCUCACGUGGAUAACAGCGACGGUGGGAAAAACCCGGGUGGCUUCUUGAUUCACGGGCAGGGCCACGACCAGCACAGACACAGGGAAGAAGAAGAACGCUUGAGAAAUAAAAUUCGUGCAGAUCAUGAAAAAGCACUAGAGGAAGCGAAAGAGAAACUGAAGAAGUCAAGAGAUGAGAUCCAAGCAGAAAUUCAGACAGAGAAAAACAACAUUGUAAAAAGUUUGAAAAGCAAAAGUAGCAAUCCUCUGCCACCAGUCCCUGUGCCAAAUCUUGUAGGAAUAAACAGUGGAGAGCCAGUGGAUCCAGAUAUACGAGAAAAAAGAGAUAAAAUUAAAGAGAUGAUGAAACAUGCCUGGGAUAAUUAUCGGCAGUAUGGAUGGGGGCAUAAUGAACUGAAACCUAUUGCUAGGAAAGGACAUUCCACAAACAUAUUUGGCAAUUCCCAGCUGGGAGCAAGCAUAGUAGAUGCAUUGGAUACCCUCUAUAUAAUGGGCCUUCAUGAUGAAUUCAUAGAAGGACAGGAAUGGAUUGAGAAUCAUCUUGAUUUUAGUGUGAACUCAGAGGUAUCUGUCUUUGAAGUCAACAUUCGUUUCAUUGGUGGCUUGCUUGCAGCUUAUUACCUCUCAGGACAGGAGCUAUUCAAGAUAAAAGCAGUGCAAUUAGCAGGAAAGCUCAUCCCGGCCUUCAAUACACCCACAGGGAUUCCUUGGGCAAUGGUGAAUUUGAAAAGCGGUGUAGGUCGCAAUUGGGGCUGGGCUUCCGCUGGCAGCAGCAUCCUCUCAGAGUUCGGUACACUUCACAUGGAAUUUGUACACCUCAGCUAUCUGACUGGCAAUCCUGUCUACUAUGAAAAGGUUAUGCAUAUUCGUAAACUGCUUCAGAAAAUGGACCGUCCUAACGGACUUUAUCCAAACUACUUGAAUCCAAGAACUGGGCGCUGGGGACAGCAUCACACAUCCAUGGGUGGUUUGGGAGACAGUUUUUAUGAAUACUUGUUGAAAGCUUGGUUGAUGUCAGAUAAAAUGGACACAGAAGCAAGGAAAAUGUAUGAUGAUGCUAUUGAGGCCAUAGAGAAGCAUCUUAUCAGAAAGUCGAAUGGGGGCCUAACUUUUAUUGGGGAAUGGAAAAAUGGGCACCUUGAGAGAAAGAUGGGGCAUCUCACAUGCUUUGCUGGGGGCAUGUUUGCCCUUGGAGCUGAUGGUUCCCGAGAUGAGAAGGCUGGACAUUACCUACAACUUGGAGCAGAAAUUGCACAUACAUGUCAUGAAUCCUAUGACAGGACAACUUUAAAACUGGGGCCUGAAGCUUUCAAAUUUGAUGGAGGUUUAGAGGCAGUAGCAGUGCGGCAAAAUGAAAAAUACUACAUAUUAAGACCGGAGGUGAUUGAGACAUACUGGUAUAUGUGGCGAUUCACACAUGAUCCUAAGUACAGACAGUGGGGCUGGGAGGCAGCACAGGCCAUUGAUAAGUACUGCCGAGUGAGUGGUGGAUUUUCCGGGGUCAAGGAUGUCUACUCCUCAGCUCCUACAUAUGAUGAUGUACAGCAAAGCUUCUUUCUUGCUGAAACUCUAAAGUAUUUAUAUCUGCUCUUCUCCAAUGAUGAUCUCUUACCUUUGGAUCACUGGGUUUUUAACACAGAAGCUCACCCCCUGCCAGUUUUACAUCUAGCCAAUACAACACUUUCAGGAAAUAAUGCAUAUCGAUAAAAACUAUUCCAGGAAAAGGACAGAACAAUCUACAUUAGCUGUGUCUUGUUUACAUGGACCACUUGAGAUUUCAGGCUUGAGAAAAGACUUAGUGUGUUUAAAUAAGACCUUCAGAAUGAUGAGAGAAGUACUGCACUCUUCCGCAUGUAGAUAAUUCAAAAAUUCCAUUUUAUAUGACCAAAACAAUUUGUGCAGUAUAUGGCAGAAAAAGACCUUGUAUAUUUGCAACAGAAAAAGUGGCGCAUGAUUUUGAAGGAUUGAAAGGCUGAAUUAAUAUCCCAGCCACAGGAACAGCUGCAACUAUUGAGAUUGACCGUUGUAGUAAACAUUGUCCUACCCAAAUAAUGCGGAUUCCUGAUAGUUUGUCAUUUGCUUCCCCCCCUUCCCCCAACUUGGUGGCAUGAGCAAAGCAAUGCAAGGCAACAAAAGUUCACUAAUAGCACCCAGAUUUCAAGUUCUUUGACUGCUAUUUUGAAAUUUCUAAACAUCUUCUUCAGUCUGUUCAGACUGGCAACCAUUCCCAGUGCCUCUGAGACCCUUGCCUCUUUUUAUUAUCAACAAUGCUGUGGAUCGACCAUUUGUUGCUGUUCAUGAGUAAAUGGAUUAGGAAAUCUGUCACUUUAGGAUAUGGAAAUCUUCAUUCAGUGCAGAGUUGUUUUUUGCAUACAUCAUGACAAAAUUGCCCAGUGAUGUUUAUCAUUUGGCCAAGAUUUCUUUCAACUAAGUUGCAAUAACUAACAUUUGUCUAUGAAUCCUGGAGUUUCCCAAGGAUCUCACUCUUUUUAUUUGUACAGUAUUCAAAAAGUAUAGAAUAAUCCUGUAAAGAGACAUUCUUUACCAAUUUUAAUUCCUGUGAUUAAGACUCACCUGGGUAUAAUGGUGCUUCUUUAGGGAUUUUUUUGUAAAAGCUGGAGUUUGCAGAGGAGUUUUUCAGCCUUCACACCUAUCUGUCUUUGAAAAUCUGAAAUCUGGUUGUUUGACCUUCAAGUAUCUAGAAACAAUAUCACGCAAGGCAACACAGAACACAUCAAAAUGAAUUUGAAAGUAAAAUUUAUUUUGCAAUACAUUUUUGUCACUACUAUGGUAGAUAUCACAGACAACACUUUGGGAUAAAAAUAGCUUUUUCAAAACUUAAAAAUGGAUCUUUCAAAGAGCUCCCCACUUCUGUUAAAGAAAAAGACUUGAGCAUAAUUUUUUUCUGGCAGGAUAUAUAAAAUAUGUGAAUAUUAUUUAUGUAUAUUGGAAUCAAAAUUCCUGAUGAAUACAGAUAACACAUCUUUAUUAUUAUUGUUGUUGGUAUGAUUCCUUUUUAAAAAUAAUGAAAUUUAAAAGGCUGGUUGGAGUAGCCUUUGUUGACCAAGUUUUCCUAUUGGCAUUUUGCCAUAUCUUUAAGGAUAUAACAAUUCAAUUAUUGAGAAAGAUAAUUUAAUGCAUGUUACAUAUUGCAGUCCCAGUGAGAAGAUUGAUGGUUUCAGUGAGCACUGCUUACUGCAAGAGUGGUGCAGGUGAGUCUGGGAAUCUGCCCAGCCCAAAUUGUGUUGCAUUCCAUUGUGAAAUCCAUAUUCUACAUGGUUCUGGCCCACCUAGUUGUAGGGAUUAAUUUAAAACAGUAUUGGAGUCUUUGUGGGUCAAUUGCAAUGAACAUGAAGUUGAAUUCCAGAUAUCAGGGCACUGAAAUUCACCUGUCUUGGAUUCUGGCAUUAAUUUUACUGUUCUCCAUAGUUAUCGUUCACAUGUUCAUAUCCAGGCUCCUCCCUCCUUUUCCUCUUCUCAAAAUCAGUAUUCUAAAAUAAGUUUUUAAACCAAGGUCACGUGCAGUUUGAAAGUAUUACAGGGUUGUAGAAUUUGAAAUAAAUUUUAGUACUACUGAGUCUUGAAUUGAAUUAUAAGAUGGAAACUGAUGUUACUUAUAUUUAUCCAUAUAAGACCAUAGUAUUUUUAAUGAAAUCUGAGACAAAUUUAUACAUGAUAUCAAAAAUACUUAUCUGCUGAAAAGUAAUAUGGCCAUUAAUGACUAAAAGUUCUCAACUCUCAUGGAAUGAAAUUUGCUUGAAAUUAAAUCAAAAUGUCCCAACUAUAUUUUAUGAAUGGAAAUAAUGGAUAAAACAUAAUAGGAUUGGAUAAUUGUGUUUGAAAUAUUACAUUACUAUUUUUUAUUUCCUUUAAAUAUAAAUUAAAUAUUUCUUUUUUCCACUUUAGAUAGAACUAUAUGCUGUAAGUAGUGCAAUAUUGUCUUAAGCAUUAUUACACAGAGUUCUUAAACCUCGUUGCAUAAUAGCAUCAUUAACAGACCCAAUAUUAUUCUGAUGAUCAGUCAGUCUUUCUAUGUUUUACUUCCAAAGUUGUUUUUACAGACCACCCUGCAUUUAUUGUACCAGUUUUCAUGUUGCUUCCUUUCUCCUUCCCUUGCUGGUUAUUAAUGCACAAGAAUGCAGUGAUUUUAAAACAUGCAAUUAAAACAUAAAUGUUAUCUUUUCUGGGUUAUUGAAGGAGAAUUGUAAAUUUAUUACAUUUCUAUAUUCUGUGUUAAGAUUUUACACUUUUUUCUGAAGUGUUUUAAAUCUAAAAAGGCUUAGAAACUAAUAAGCAAAACUGCAAGAUAUUAUGGUUCUUGAUAACAAAAUAACCACAAUGUUAUUCAAGAAGCAGACACAUUUUCUCUCUCUCUUUUUUUUAAAGAAAUUGCCUGAAGAAAAGACAGGAAGCCAAAAAAUGGAUUAUUGUUCAUAGUCUGCCUUCAUUGGCAGGAAAGGUCACAAAUUCCUAGUUCAAUCUGCAUCUUUGGAGACAAAUUGUUCUUUAAUUAUAAGUAAAUAGCCAUCUUCCGCAAGCAUUAUGGAUUAUUCUUUCCAACCCAAACAAAUGUGUGACAGAAAUUCUGUGAAGGGUCUUGGGCUUCCCUCAACAGGAUAACUCUCCGAAAACAGAACAGAACAAUAACUCCAAACAGAAUGGAAGCAAAUUUGGUGUUGGGGGAGAAUAGAAACAUUGAUUAAAAAUGGGCAAAUCUGGUUGGGCUGGGAAGAGAGAAAUUCAAGGAAAAAAAACCCCAUUUUUUAAGAGGCAGUUGGCUAGUUGUUUGAAAUGUAGUUAACUCCUCCAUUCUAAGACCCCUCUUCCCCUUCCCAGUGAGGCAGAGUUUCAAGGUUGAAAAGAAUUCUAGAAGCCAUCGUCUGCAUGCUUUCCCUACCUUGGUUAAUUCUAGGAGCCUGGUAUAUCCAUCCCUUGUUCAAUCAGGUUUGUUGAUUUGAUUUCAAGAUAUAUACAGUAUAAUUAAGUCAUUGUCAGAAAGAAAUCCCGGAAAGAUAAUUUGAACACUUCAAGGUGUCUUUUUGCUUAGAUCAGGGGUGUCAAACUUGGGUCAUCAUGGCAGCAUCAUGUGAUGUAUCGAGACUUUUCCCCCCUUUGCUAAACCGGGCAGGGGCGGGGCCAGCACGUGACGCAUGUGUGCCUCGAGUUUGACACCCUUGGCUUAGAUAAUUAAUCAUUGUGUUCAGGUGCAAACACUGUGCAAGGAAGAGGAAAAAAGAUCCAAAUUGAAAACUGUAACUAAGCAUUCAUCCACCACAUCCAAAAUUAAAAGUUCUCCAAAUUGUCAGUGUCAUGGAUAUCACCAUCCUUUUGGGCAAAGCCAAAAAGACUUGUACAUCUACUCAGGAUUGGCAUUGCUGGCCAUUUUCAAGACCCACAGUUAUUCAGGGAAUCCUCUGUCAAGUUCCAGUACAAGGGGCUCUGCUGCAGUCCCUGGUUGCUUUUCCCAAUUCCACUGCCCUCUACCUGAUAGGGCAAUGAAUGAAGAAAAAUGGGCCAUUGUGGAUUGGGUCUAAAAGAGAGCGCCAGUGAAUGGGCAGAAGCAGUAAUAAAGAAAUGGCAACUCCAGGGCAGGGGCUGGUGCCUAGGGGCUCACCAGGUAGACACUACAUUUGUUUGUUUAUGUUUAGUUACGGCAUGUGUUUCUUCAUUCCAUGAGCAGAGCAGACAACGAGAAAAGAAAACUGAGCUUAUGACAUAAUGGAGUACUGUAUAAGCAGAAUGUGGGUUGGCUGGAAGAGAAAAUUGCUAUUUUCAGCAGCAUUCCAACAUCUGUCACAAUAUAUAUUCCGUCAGAAGAUUACUACUGGGCUAAAUAAACUUGAAGAAUUUGGAGGUGAUAGAGAUUAACAGUACAAGUGAAUAAUUCAAUUAUUCAUAAACAGAAGAGUUCAAAGUGAUUUAAGAAUGUGGUUAAUGGCCCUUCAAUUUACUUAUAAUUUUAUGGCUAUGUUCUGAAAAACAGAAGUGGGAUGACACCUCAAUUUCUAAGAAUUAUUUAAUUUAAUUGGCAUUUAUUUAAAAAUACUUUUGUUCCAUUGUAGAAAAAAGAUUAAAAUUAACUUCCUAUUUUCUAUAAUUGCUAGGAAGUUGAGCUUUGUUCUGAUUAUUCUAUUCCCAUCUGGUUUUUAAAAAAAUCAGAAUUAUGGAGAAAUACUAUCUUAUUAUUUUCCUCUUUUGUUGUGUUCAGAAGAAUACUAAAAAAACGGGAGGAGAGAGAUCACAUGUUGUAUGUCUGCAAAUAUCCAAAAAUAAAUGUAUAUACCAUGGAGAAAGGUUGAAUAAUUCAACCUCAUUGAUACUUUUUUUUCCCUUUAAUGUAAUUUGAGUUACUGACCCACUUAGGUCUAUUUCUUCACCUAAAUGUGAAGCAUAAUACACUGCCAUAAAUUUAAUUUUAUAUUCUGAUCUCUUUCAAAGUAAAUAUAAUGCUAUUUGAUACUAGAGUUAUAUGUAUUCACAGUUGGCUGAAUGACUGCACUGAAGAGUGCUUAUUGGCUUCAUUUCAGCUUAGAGGAAGUAUUAAGUAGCAUGCCAAUGGGGUCUGUGCUGGGCCUCCACAGUUCAACAUUUUGAUGAAUAACAUUGAUCAGUUUUCAAGUGGCAGAAAGCUGGGUGAGAUCAAUAAUAUUUUAGAUGAAAGAAAAUUCCACAAAUUAAAUGAACAGGAUGGAAUUUAAUAAGCAGAAAUACAAAGUUCUGUAUCAAGAUAGGACAAAUGUAAGGCUCAAAUAUAGGAUGGAGGAAACUUGGAGGGGCAAUAGAGAGUAUAAAAGGAAUUUAGGCGAUCAUAAAUUAAACAUGAGCCAGAUGUGCCAUUCAGUUGUGAAAAAGGCUGAUGCCAUCUUCACAUGCAGUAACAGAAAUAGAGAGUUCAGGUCACCAGUCAUAAUUGUUCAUAAUUGUUCCUCGAUACUCAGUCCUGGUCAGGUUUCAUUCAGAGAACUGGCCCAAUAUUGAGAGUCCAUUUUUUUAUAUUUUUUUACUAAAUAGAGUUUGUAUUGUUCAUAGCUACCGUUGCAUUGACUCUGGCGAUGGUGGACUCAUUUCUCACACUGUUUCAGAAAUUAGAAGUCAAGAAAUUAAAGAAAUUAAUUAAUAUAUAGAUUAUAUUUGUCAAUAAGGUAAAAAUAUAAAAUUAUUAGCAACAGUUAACAGUUGAGGCCAUAUAUAAAAUGAGAAUAAUAUACUUGAAAUAAUUUACGGUGCAUUGAUAUAUUUGCUGCAGUCUAAUUUCUCUAAAUUGUUAAGUAUAGGAUGUAAUUUUUUUGUUUUCAGAAAGAAAAAAACAUGUUAACAGAAACAAGGCCCUAUGCCUGUGAUGGCGAAUCUAUGGCACACGUGCCAGAGGUGACAUGCAGAUUCUUUUCUGUGGGCACAUGCGCCAUUGCCAGCUGAUUUACUGCUGGUUCAUAUAGUCUGAUUUACUGGUACAUAUAGAGCCUAGUUUUUUUUCUGCAUGAAAUUAUUAACGACUGGCAGCUGAAUGUGUGAUUUGACCAUGUUGGAAAGUAUAUUCAUUGUGGCCUUGGGUCUCUGGUAGUUUUCACAGUGCAAUUCCCUGAGUGUUGAAUGUUCUAAUAUGAAUAAAAAUUUAGAAGUCAAUCCUAUAUAGUUUUGCUUGGAAACAAGUCUACUGCAUUUAGGAUUACUACCUUUGUAAGAACUGAUGAGCAGCCUUUAAUUUUCAGUAGCACCCCCCAGAUCACAAUGAAUUUUAAUACUUUUUAAUUGAGCAUUUUAAUGUAGAAUAUUAAAGAUUCUGUUUCUGAAAGACUAAGAGCAUCAUGUCAGUUCAGUUGAGCUUAUUCCCAGGUAAGGAUGAGUAGACUUGCAAGCUGGUAAACAUUUUCUUCACCAUUUGACUGAAAUAAAAUCCUUUUGUCUUUCCUUUUAAAAUUGGUUUUUUUAAAAAAUAUUUACAGUAACAGAAAAAGGAAGAAUGUAGCCAGAAUAUUUCUUUUUUAAACUUGACUCAUCUCCUGAGAGCAUAGGUGGUUACAUUUUUAACAAAAGCAUGAUGCUUGUAAUAUCUGCAGAUGAACAAUUUCGACCUGUUUACAAGUUAUGUGUUGGAUGCAAUCCUUUUAAGACAACAAAAGACCCCCACAUAUUUUUUUAAAAUAUUGCAAUUAAACACUAAUAUGUACUCAAUAUACUUUUGAAUAUCUUGCCCAGUUGUUUCUCAUAUUCAAACACAGGACAACACAACAGAUAAAAGGCUCCCCUAUUCUCUAGUGCAAAUAUUUUUUAAUAUUGUGCAUUGGACAUUCAGCAACAAUCUAUACAACCUGGCUCAUUCUUGAGACAAAUAUAAAGCAGCAGUGGAACUAUUGUUGGUCAGUUCUUCUGUUUGGUACCGUGUGAUCCCAAUGGUUAAAUUUUCCCAAAUUACGUAGAAGUGGUGUUCUUUGAAUAAAAACACACCACUAUCUAUUCACAACAGAGAUAUUUAAAUUGACUUAAAGAUUGCCACAUAUUUCCCAAAGUAUUCCUAUUAAGGAAAGAUGACAUUACCAGUGUUAAUUUAUUAAAAUGACAUAGACCUCGAUCAUUCAGCAUUAGGGUGCUGAAGGGAGGGAUUUACAACCAGCCCUCAAUGUGUGAUAAGACUUUUUGAUAAGUGCUUUUGGACAAUGAAAAAGUUAGGGAAGCUUUGAGUUCAGUGGAGCUCCCUCUCUCCAUAAAUAAAUUUAAAAUUUCUAUCUUCACUAGUGGAAUUCAUAAUGAAAGCUAUCUGAUCAGCCUAUUUCUCAUCCCCAAAGUCCCUAUUUGUCUUGUGAACUAGUAAAAAGAUGCAAGAGUCAGCUUUGUUACCUGGGAAACCUUGGGCUGUUUCUAAGUUAACAUUCUAUGUGUAUAAUGUGUAAGGAUUUUAAAAAGAAUGUACAUUAAAUUGAUUUUACAA